AUGCAACAACACUUCUCCGUACCUCGCCAACAUUCCUCAUCUACCUCCUUCACCCCCGCAACAAAAUCAGCGACAGAGUCUGACUUUCUGAGUCCGCGUCUCUCCCCCUCCCUCUCCAUCUCUUUCCUCUACUUGCAGUCUCUUCAUUCUGAUCUGGCAUACCCGGCCUUUCACCACCACUCGACGACAACGACAACGUUUGGCGGCUGUCUGUGGUUCGUCGUCCGUCUGCGCAACGAACAAACAAACGAAGCUCGGUCCAGCUCCACACACCCGGCAUCGCGAACCACUAUCAGUCCGUUUGUCGACCAGCGCCGAACCGUCAUUGGACACGGUCUCAACGGUUGA